CGUCUCGUACUAUCGAAGGCUCGACGUCUAAAAUCCAAUCUUCUUUUUUUCUCUCCUAACUAUAGGAAAUGGCGUCUAAAUCAAUAUCGAGCCUCUUAUUCAAUCCAAUCUUACGUUCUUCAAGGGGAGUAACUCCUCGUAUACUCCGACCCUAUUCCUGCCUCCCUCGAACCUCACAACCGGCUACCCGUCGAUUUGCCCACAAUAUACCGAAGCCCCGUAACCAGACACUCGCGAAGUCAGAAACAUCGCCAUCCGAGCAGAAGUCGCGAAAGCUCUCCGAACCCCAUUAUGAGUUGACGCUCACAUGCGUGCCUUGCGGCGACCGCUCAACCCACCACAUAUCGAAACAAGGAUAUCACCAAGGAUCCGUCCUCAUCACCUGUCCAUCCUGCCGAAACCGACACAUAAUCAGCGACCAUCUCAACAUCUUUGGGGAUCGCAAAAUCACAGUCGAGGACCUCAUGCGGGAAAAGGGUCAACUAGUGAAACGAGGAACUCUUGGUGAAGACGGCGACGUUGAAUUCUGGGAAGACGGAACUACGACGAAACGAGACACCGAUGACGAGGAGCGAACUUGGUACGAUCUCUUAGAAGAGCAUGAAGAAAACGUGAAAAAAUAUCGAAAAGAAAAUGGGCUCCCGUAUCAGCCCAUUUCGCCGCACGGAAAUGUAGCUACCCCUCCGUCACCCAGCGCCACCAAACCCACAAAAGAAGUACCGUCGACACGGCGUAAAUACUCGACAGAAUCAACUUCCCGGAACAGUCAGGACCACAAACCUAACAACAACGAAGCUACCAACAGAAAAUUUCCCCGGUUCAGAUAUAUAGAAUCCCGUGAACCCCUAGAAGACGCAUCGCAAAAAGCCUCAAACGGUGAGAUCGUGGACAAAACAAGUAGGUGGACUCUAAAGCGAGAAGACAAACAUUUCUUCGAAAAGCUCGCGGCCCUAGGGGACAGCCUACAACCCCCCAAAACCGUGUCUUACAAGUGGGACCGAGAACCAGCGAACCCGUUCAAAGGCAUCCGAAAAAUCGCAGUAAAAGGCGAUCCCGAACUAUGGCGUCCUCUAGAGAAGCCCGAAGAACUGGACUACCUUAAGCCACCCAUUCGGAAACACAGAGUCUCCUCCUCCGCUUCGCCCCUUGCUCCGCGCAAAAAGAAUUGGGGGAGCCGUCAAAAGCGUAUAUAUACCGUGAUUCCUUCUUGAUAUAAAAAGCCUGAAGCACUCCAUUUUGGAAAUAAUGUAUUAUACCGAAGUUAUCGUGGUCAAUCUUUGAGGGUGAUUCAUUGCUCGUGCCUUAGCUCGUAGCGCAAUUCAAUAUACAAAAGAAAAAAUGCAAAUAAUAUACAUGGUUCAGGUGUACCGGAAGUAACUUAAGCCUUAAAGCAGAGGAAAGCAUAUGUACAGCAGAAAAUACGAAGGCGUAUGAUUUAUCGCCUUAGAUCGACUCCGAGUUCUUAAAUGGCGACAUGUUAGGAUCAACAUAGCACGGUUAAUGACUUCU